UUAUCGCGUCUGAGACAUUUGUCGGCUGAAAAAUCAGGGGAGUAAGCGUGUUCCGUCGAUUAAUUGGGGAGAUCAAUCGAGACGAAUGUGAGAGUAAAGUAUUGUCGAUUGAAAUUAUGAAAAUUCCGUCAUUUUCACCGGUAGGAAAUAAGUGAGGUAAAAGUGUUCUUCCGAGGGAAAAGCAGCCCGGCGAGCGACGAGGCCCCGGGAUUUGAGCAACAGGAGGAAGCGGGCUCGAUGCCGGAGGCUUCGAGUUCGGGUGUCGGCCCAGACGUGAUGGGGGUGGCCGACGAGGCGGAUUAUUCGACGUUCGAGAAUAGAUCGGGCCUCGCCGAGGACAUGAAGUUCCUCGCAAGUAUGCCUGAACUGUGCGACGUGACCUUUCUCGUCGGCGACACUCGGGAGCCGGUGUGCGCCGUCAAGGCCGUACUCGCAGCAAGGAGCAGAGUCUUCCAUAAAAUGCUUUAUCAAGCUCCUAGUCCUCAACGCAAGAAAGAACCUCCGCCCCGUGAAAAGCUGCGAUUUUUCCUCAAAAGAAGCUCUGAACCUCUCCUCAAUCUUCAAAAUACUGCGCAACAGCGGUCAGGGUUCACGCAGCAGUUGGCUCCCAUCCAAGAGCCACAAGCCAAUCAGCAUCAUACUUUGAUUAUCGAGGAGUUCGAGCCCGAUGUGUUUCGCCAGCUCAUCGAGUAUAUUCACACGGGAUGCGUCACCCUGCAGCCGAGAACACUGUUGGGAGUAAUGAAUGCCGCUGACUACUACGGUUUGGACGAAUUGAGAAAAGCAUGCGCUGGUUUCGUCCAGUGCUGCAUCACUGUGGACACUGUCUGUGCACUUCUAGCGUCUGCCGAAAGAUACAUCCAAUAUAAAUGUACAAAAUCACUGGUUCAGAAGGUUCUGGAGUUUGUCGAUGAACACGGAAAUGAAGUACUCAAUCUAGGGUCUUUCACGUUACUUCCUCAGCAUGUGGUGAGGCUCAUCCUAGCCAGGGAAGAGUUGCGAGCUGAUGAGUUCACUAAAUUUCAGGCGGCAUUAAUGUGGAGCAAAAAAUACUGCGACAGUAAUCCAACUAUUCCCCUGCAGGAUGUAAUCGGAAACUUCCUGGAGUACAUCCAAUUUCACAAGAUCCCCGCGAAUGUUUUAAUGCGCGAGGUUAAUCCACUGAAACUGGUGCCAUCACCCAUUAUCAUGAACUCGUUGGCCUAUCAGGCAGACCCCACCAGUGUCGACCCAGGUAAGCUCUCUCCCCACAGAGUGAGGAGACAGGGUCGCAGUAUGUCAGUACAAUCAUCAUUGGAUCCAUGCGGUAGUAACACGACACUGAGUUCGUGUGGAAGUGAUGCUGGCUCUGACCAGAAACAGCACUCUGGUAGCAACUAACCUCUGGCCCCGGCCGCCUUGUUGGCGGCCACUGCGGACGUGACACCUGCGGAAACACCGCCGAGGAGUGUCGCUACGCCGGAUCUCAGAGUUAUUGUCCAUACACCGGCUGUCACGCCACCGGGGAGCUAUCACUCGCACAAUGACGACGAGACUAAUGCUAUGCACGAACAUCAAACUACUGUUGAUGUGCAUCGAGAGAACAUUGAACAGGCGAAUGAGCCCGUUGAUAAGACAAGUGGCCUCUAUAUUCGUCUCGUUUUCAGGCAAGAGGGACGACCGGACAUCGUUUGGUUCUAUAAAACUCACAAGUUUUAGGUUCGUGGCAUUAUCGCCUAGAUGCAACUGCCAGGGAGGGCUUUUUAUGAUAUUUUUUCAUCGCCCUUUUUUUGGUUCAAUCUUCUUUAAAGUUCAGUAGCGA